AUGGUGCGUCCUCAAUUGCCGCCUCGUAGGCAUCCAAGCCAAGCUGACCCUUUGCUGCAGCCCGCCUUCCAGGCCAUCAACCUCGAGCCCGAGGAAAACAUUGACGAGCAGAUCGAUACCACCAAGGAGCUCCAUGUCGACGAAGCCCUCAAGCGAUUUCAGAAUGCGCUGAAGCUCCACGCCCAAGGCCUGCGGUCCCGCGAAGCCGCCAGUGCAGCCUACGACGAACUUUUCGAGUCGGAGAUAUUCAAGUACCGAGAAGCAAAGACCGACUAUGAGAGGACAGAACUACAGGCGAAUGGACAGGCCUCAACUUCGGCACUCGAAGCCUUUGCUGAUGGACUCGAUGUGGCCGCAGGUGGUGCUGACGGAGUGGCUGCUAACCUGGCUCUUGCGCUUUACCUCUCCUACAAGAAUCAUGGGCAAUUCUACUUGGACAAACUAAAAGACGAACAUGCGACAAGCCCCGAGUGGAGUAAGAGGCUCCAAAUAUACUAUCGCGGCGACGAGGGAAUCAAAGUUCUCGAUAGCUGGACUGCGGCACUGGAUCAAGACCCUUCAGACCCAGAGCUAUGGAGAAAGGUGGCGAGGUUUGCCGGCGCAAUGAACAGCGGAAGAAUCAAGCGAUAUUGCCUAGAGGCUGCAAUAGAGCUGGAUGAUGACCCGGCUGUCAUGGAAGUUGAACCCCCUUCUCUUGCCGAGAGCUUGGCGGGGGAGCAGCUCAAGAUGUACUUGAAUCUUCUUGGAGAUGACAUGGCACUGUCGCAUCCUGCAAUGGCACCUUGGCUGAAGAAAAAACUGCCACCUCUUUUGAAACAACAUGUUGAUCCGAUACCGUUUUUACCUGAUCCGACUUCGACACUCGUGGUACCGCCAGAGCUGCAAAAUUACGGCAAACCUUUUCUCUCCGAUAACGACGAUGAGAUCAUUUCUGUGUCAAGCGACUUACAGACCUCUGACAAGCCCGUUGAGUCAUGGGCUGACCUUGGUUUUGAACUCAUGAAGUGUGCUGAAAAUACAAAGGGCGCUUUGGAGAUCUGCAGGUUGAUCUUGGAAACAGCUAAGCAGGAUACAGACAUGGAAGAAUCGCGAGAAGAGGCUUUCAACGAACCUGAAAAUGAUGUCUCUCACAAUGGCAAAAAAGCUACUGAUGAGAAUGAUGACAAAGAGAAGACGUCUGCAACACCGCCGCUAGAUUCAAAAGAGAGUCAGCUAUCCGAGGUCGCCGAUGAUACUGCAAAAAGCGAUGCGACGCAAAAAGAGUCGAGUGCAACGCAGGCGGCCAGAAAACGAUCGCAGUCAACUGCAGGGCUACCAGAUGGCGCUGACGAAGAAAAUGUGACUGAAAAGAGAAGCAAGAGAGUCCGCCGAAGAGUAGAAACAGCCCAGGCUGCUGAAGAAGCCCCUGAUCCAAAUAAGCUGAUAGCGAAUCAGCUUCGCCCCUUUCAAGAGGCUGACCAACACCUUUUCACCAUGACCAAAAACAUGCUCGAGACGAUUGGCGUGGAAGACAAGGAAACUUACGAAUAUGUGGAUGAGAUUCUGAAUCUAUGUGCCGCAGAAGAUCGUCUGUCUUCCAAAUCUACCCGUGUUGGAGCUAAUGACUUGCGCGCUCUAAUAACCGACUUCAAGGAGGAUGUUGCAAUGGUAUUUCUUAAUAAAAAGGAGCAAGCAACUUUGGGGCUUUCUUCCUUUUUAGAGCAUGCCAAAACUGGAUCUCAAGAUCAGGCCGUAAAUGUUCCCUUCAACGAAGCCAAGGGCUUAAGGGAUUUUGCCCAAAAAGUGGAGGAGAGAUACGAGCAGAUGACGAGCCACGACAUUGUUUUCGAGUGGAUGAAAACAAUAAGCCUCAGUUAUGUUUCUUUCAAGUGGCCGGACGGUAUGAAAACCGCAGUGGUUCAGAUGUUGAAUACAGCCGACUCCUCUUUAUACAGGCGCAUUUCGGAGGAACUGAAUGAAAACCCUUCCCCUGAAGCUCUUGCAAGUUUGGAAUCUCUAAUCCCCAUGAUAUUUGAGCUUUACAUCGAUAUUUACGAGCGAAUUACCAACCCUAGCAGCGCUGUUGAUUAUGCAACCCGUAUGGAGACCAAAUACCGGCUUCAGCGAUGGUUGGAUAUAGCAUCGGCUUAUGUGGGCUUAAUGAAUCGGCCUGCGACGGACCCUCUAUGUGUCAGGUUUUUAUGGGCGUCUGUCAUGGUAUCAUCGCUCUCCGACAAACCGGUUCGAGAGCAUAUUCUCCUGUUAUGGACAUCGCUUCGAGAUUUCUUAGCGGAAGAGGAAAUUGACGCGCUGACCUUACCAAACAAUGUAGUUAUGCCUAUGAUUUCUCCAGCUGCUGCAGAUCGAGAGAUAUCGAAGCUUACUACUAUGGACUUUUUCCUCAGUCUUUUCCAGGAAGGGAUGGAAAGCCCCGUUCACGUUAUUGAAACCUUGGAGCCUGUUCUUAACCCUUCAUCUGUCUGUGUAUCCUCAGAGGACCAUGAUGCGACAGAUGCUGAUGCUUCUCCAUCGUCUGACUCAGAGGAACAAAAAAGCACGCAACGCAUAUCAGACUGUGCCACUCAAGGCAUGCGUGACCUAUGGAAAUUCUUGCGUAGCAGCAGCACGGAGCUAAGAUUAUUUCUCUGGUCGCGACUUGGCGACGCCUACGAAGCCAUAAAAUACACCACCAAGAGGUUUUCAUGCCUCCUUCGGAGCAUAGAGCUUAUUGUGGCAGAUUUGGAGAGCGAAAAGUAUGCUAAGCUACCGGAUGAAUCUCGCCUGCUUCUUUACAUGCGGACUCUAAAGUCUCUUGACGAGUUGCUGAUUCAAGCAUUAACACUGGCCUUGAACGACAGUUCGGUAUUUGACAUUAUUGACGACGAUCAUCUCAAGUCAAGCUGCAGUGCUAUUGCGAAAGUGAAUUCCAUCCUCCACGUUGCAUUCUUAUGUGAGGAUGAGAUAAAGAUAGGACUCAAGACAGCGCCGUCUUCAAAUUCCACCUUCCAGUCUCUCGUCACCAAAUUACGAGAAAUGCAAGUACGUACUUGGUGUCUUCAAUUCACCAUGUUCAGGGCGGGCCUACCUCUACAAAACCCCAUUGCUCCGGAAAAGGAUCUGGCAGAUUUCCUAGCCGCCAUCCAUCAAGUUAUUGGUCUCCGAAAAUGCUGCAAAGCGUCCAACAAGAUCUUCCUCAAAGUCAUGCGCAUGGAGCUCCUCCAGAAUAAAAACACUGAGAAUUGGGAAGACUAUCUAGGGCAAGUGGUUUACGAUCUUUACGGACUUAAGCUUGGAGUGGGAGUGUGGGAAGUUCAGGACCACGGCUGUCCGCAUGAGAAGCUCGAGAAGCGACAGACGAUGCAGCUCGUGGAAAAGGUAAUGAUUCUGGCAAACCGCAUGCCGAUGAAGGAUCUUUUGAAGUCGGACCUCAAGGCCGCGAUUGAACAUAUGCAACAGACCAUCGGCCAGCCGAAGUCUACACCACAGAUGAUUCACAACCUACGCAACUUUACCGAACUUGUGAAGAAACCCAUACAUCCCCUCCGACUCUAUCAAGCGUUGGUUGGAGAGGUGUCGGUAGAUGCAGUAUCGACAAACACACCAGAAGCUGCCUUGGCCAAGCACGGCUGGUUUUUCUUACUUGGGAUGAUAGCAUUGACCAAGUUCAAAGCUGUUGACUUGAAUCGACGACAGACACCAGGCGCUACGGAUGAUCUUCGAAUUGGAGCGACUUUCCUAAGGCUACAGCUGCAGUUUAGCUCUGACAGCUGGGAAUCGUGGUUCCGGCUGGCUGAAUGCUUCGACUAUGAUUUGGACGAAGCUGUGCUGUGGACGGCCGAUAAAAUGAACAAAGAUCGGGCGGAACUGGUUAAAUUCCAGAGAAAUGCUAUCCACUGCUAUACGCUUGCCUUGUCACAUUCUAGGUACCAAGAGAUUGAGGGCAAAGAUGAAGACCCGUUGCAUGACCUCUAUCAUAAGUUCGGAAUGCGCCUGUAUGCUUCUAGCCGAGAACCAUUUGCCAUGGAGCCCUUUCAGCAUUCCGAUCAGGAACGAUUCUUUAUCCAAAACAUGGGAGCUGGGACAUUUAAAAGGAUUUUACAUGAACAAAUGACUGAGUACAAGGUGUGGAAGUUUGCUGCCAAGAUGUUCAGAAUGGCCAUGGAACGCAAGCCCGGCAACUGGAAGAACCCCUAUAUGCUGGCCAAGUGCUAUUGGAAAAUGUACCAGACGCCAGAAGAAGAACUCGAUAGCAAAGACAUGCACAGCAGAAUCGAGAUGACAACGCUGCUCAAGGCGCUAAAGGAUGCGGUUAACGUGGCUUACAACGCGAGGAAAUCUCGAAGCAGCGAUCCGAUUCUCGAGCCGCAUUACAAGAUUGUGUCGAUUGCUCACAAACUGGUCAUGCGAGGCGAUCUUCCUGCCAAGGAAGCUGCUGAAUUGCUAUCGGAGCAGCCAUUCGGCGUGCAGUUCAAGCCCGAUGACAUCUUUGCUUCUUUUACAGAGCCCGAAGAUUGGGAGGAAUACAUCAUCCCAAGCCUUGUGAAGCUCAAGGAGAAGGAUAAGUCUAAUUGGCAACACCGGAUUGUGGCGCGCCACGCGAAGAUCCUGUUUGACGAGGCCACCCUGGAGCAAGUUAGUGACAUCAAAGUGGCGGCUCGGGCAGCCUUUGCAAUCUUGAAGGAAAAUAUGUUCACAAAGACAAUGGUCAUGAAUGUGUGGAAAUGCGAUGCUGAGCGUCCAGGCCGUCACCAUGUCUUUACUGAACAAUACGUCCGAUUUAUGACAAAACUACUUGUCAUAAUGUCAGAUAAGUCAAACUUGGAGCAGUUGCUUCGCCGUCUACGGAAAAAGGGGGCCGAUUUCUACCACUUUGUCGACUUGUGGCAAUCUUGCUGCAACGCGUACCUCAAGCUUCUGAGAGAGGCCCACAAUAUUCCACAUCUUACAGACGAUGCGUUCAAGUCUCUGUCUACCGAAGAAUUCGAAAUUAUAAGCGAGAGAAUCACAGAGUGGGCUGCUCGCGAUGAGGCAAACGUGCCAGCGUUCAACUGCAUGAAAGAAGCCAUUGAGCUAAAGAAGCUGAACGCCAAUUUGAUGAAGGCCGCUGGAAUUGACGAUUUGAUCAAUGAUUGUUAUUCCAAGAUUUACGUGGAUGUGGCUGGCACAUUACCGGGCCAAGAGCCGAGCAAAAUCAUCGAAGAACGCAACCAGGCCAAGGAGAUUGCGGCCAAGCUUGAAGCUGAGGCUGCGGCCCAAGCUGAUGCCAACAAGCCAACCAGUUCUCUCAGCAACAUACUCAACCCCCCAAGCACGCACGAGAGCCUUGCCGGCACUGCAACACCGCUGGAAGGAGAAAAGUCGGAAGCGGCGCCACGGACUCGUAGAGUUGGAGUUCGAAGGCCGGAUGUCCUUCGCAAGGCGGAGCAAGCUGUUGCUCGCUCCAUGGAAGCUCCAAAAUCAGCUCACCCUAGGAGUCGAGUUGGCAGCAUGUCGAGCGGCAAGCGUGGAAGCCAGACGCCGAAUGUGGGCGCUAGUGACGCCGACACUGAUGAAGAAGGGCCAGAAACGCAAAUCAGGAGAGAAGAGGCAGGGGAAGAUACGGACAUGCCUGACACUCAUUACGAGGAGGAUGGCCAUGUUGCUGAGCGCCGAACCAUCCAAAGUGGCGAAACUAGCGGCGAAGACGCUGAUAGCGAAAGCGAAGGUGAUGAGGAAGAGGACGAGGACGAGGACGACGAAGAGCAUGGCGAAGAUGAAGCCGAAGAAGUUGAAGAUGGUGAGGAAGAGCACGAGGGCGACGAGAGCAAAGAUAUCCAUGGCGACGGCGAAGAGGAAGGGGAAGGGGAAGAAGGCGAUGAAGAGGAAGAGGGACAUGACGAUGAUACUGAGAUGGCGGAGCCAAAUACUCCGGGGGAGAAUGAGGAUGAAUCUGUAGAUAUGGGGACAUAGGCAGGACUGACUACGAGAUUUAUUGCCUAUUGUAAGGGCUUCUGUUAAAUAAUGGAGCUUUUUGAAGAAGGAAAAGGGCUUCUAGGUAUUUGCUAUGGAUUGGAUUGGGUUGGUUGGAGGUGGGCGUGGCUCAGGAAGCAUCUUUUUGACUUUUUGUAUUUUGUUUUAUUGGGAGUAGGGUUUGGAAAUGAUACAUUGAGUUUCAU